GCACCAUGGGCUCCGUGCUUCCCGCCGACGCUCUGGCCCUCAAGUCUGGAUUUAAGUGUCCGGGCCGCGCGCUGUCGGACGUGAUCACGUCGGACAUCCUGCACAGCUUCCUGUACGGCAGGUGGAGGAACGUGCUGGGGGAACACCUGGCGGAGGAGCGGCAGAGCGCCGGUACCGGCGGCGGCGCCGGCACCGGCUGCAACCCCAAGACCGCCUUCACCGCGGAGGUGCUGGCCCAGUCCUUCGCUGGAGAGGUGCAGAAGCUGUCCAGCCUGGUGCUUCCCAGCGAGGUGAUCAUCGCGCAGAGCUCCAUCCCGGGAGAAGGUCUGGGAAUCUUCUCCAAGACCUGGAUCAAGGCCGGGACCGAGAUGGGCCCCUUCACCGGGAGACUGCUGUCCCCCGAGCACGUGGACAUCUUCAAGAACAACAACCUCAUGUGGGAGGUGUUCAACGAGGACGGCACCGUGCGCUACUUCAUCGACGCCAGCCAGGAGGACCAGCGCAGCUGGAUGACCUACAUCAAGUGCGCCCGGAACGAGCAGGAGCAGAACCUGGAGGUGGUCCAGAUCGGGAGCAGCAUCUUCUACAAGGCCGUGGAGACAAUCCCGCCGGACCAGGAGCUUCUCGUCUGGUACGGAAACACUCACAACACCUUCCUGGGAAUCCCUGGAGUUCCCGGUGUGGACGAAGAACACCAGAAGAAGAUCAGAAAUGAUGACCCCCACUCCUGUGACGGCUCCUCCUCCUGCUCCCCCUCCUCCUCCUCCUCUUCCUCCUCCUCCUCCUCCUCCGCCGCUCACGCGCCCACCACCGCGGGGCGCAUGCGCUGCGUCAUCUGCCACCGCGGCUUCAACUCGCGCAGCAACCUGCGCUCGCACAUGCGCAUCCACACGCUGGACAAGCCGUUCGUCUGCCGCUUCUGCAACCGCCGCUUCAGCCAGUCGUCCACGCUGCGCAACCACGUGCGCCUGCACACCGGCGAGCGGCCCUACAAGUGCCACGUGUGCCAGAGCGCGUACUCGCAGCUGGCGGGCCUGAGGGCGCACCAGAAGAGCGCGCGCCACAAGCCGGUGAACGGCGCGGGCGCGGGCGCGGGCGCGGUGGCCCCCCGCGUGUCCCCCCCUCCCCCGCCGCCCCCGCCGCCGCAGAUGCCCCCCCUGCCCCACCAGAUGCCCCUCGUGCACCACAUCCCCACCAUGGUGCUAUGAUGGCGCGCGCACGCUGCCGCGCUCAUUGACGUUGCACUUUAGAUUAGAAGCGU